UCAAAAAACUAGAGAUCCAUUUCACGUCUCCACUUGGGGAAAUCUCCUGAAGAAAGUCAAAGAAAAACAAAUUUUCACACGAACAGUUCAUCUUGAUCCUGGGAUUCAACUUCCGCUUCAAGUUUUCGCAUUCCCGGGACAAGUUUUGUGUAAUCCUCAAGAGCUCUUCAAGUUAUUUCUCUGAAUGUUAUAGUUUCUCAAGAUGACAAUAGGAACGCCACCAUUGUCAAAGAUUAGUAGGAGGACUCCUUCACGUGCUGCUGUCAAUAGGACUCCCCAGUGUACUCCAGGUAAAGCAAAGGUCAGCGAAGAGAAGAUUCUUGUUACUAUUCGUGUGAGGCCGUUGAGCCCAAAAGAACAAGCUUCUUAUGAUCUUGUUGCCUGGGAUUUCCCUAGUGACCACACCAUUGUUUCAAAGAACUUGAAUCAUGAACGCCAUUCAGGAUCAUACUCCUUUGAUUUCGUCUUUGGACCAAUCUGUUCGACUCGAAAGGUCUAUGAAGAAGGGGCAAGAGAUGUUGCUCUCUCCGCAUUGAGUGGAAUUAAUGCAACAAUUUUCGCCUAUGGGCAGACAAGUAGUGGAAAGACAUUUACAAUGAGGGGAAUUACUGAAAAUGUUGUUAAGGACAUUUAUGAACACAUAAAAAAUACGGUAGAAAGGGACUUUGUCUUGAAAUUUUCUGCCUUAGAGAUCUACAAUGAGACUGUAAUAGACCUAUUGAACAAUGAGUCUGGCUCACUUCGUUUAUUGGAUGAUCCUGAGAAGGGAACUAUAGUUGAAAAACUAAUUGAAGAGAUUGUUGAGGAUGACCAGCACUUAAGGCAUCUAAUUAAAAUUUGUGAAGCUCAAAGACAAGUGGGAGAAACUGCUCUAAAUGACAAGAGCUCAAGGUCACAUCAGAUAAUUAGGCUGACCAUUGAUAGCAGUAUUAGAGAAAACUCUGGGCAAGUAAAGUCCCUUUUAGCAACUCUGAAUCUUGUGGAUCUUGCCGGAAGUGAGCGUGCUUCACAAACAAGUGCAGGUGGUACAAGGUUGAAGGAAGGAAGCCACAUAAAUAGAAGUUUGCUGACUUUGACCACUGUAAUUAGGAAGCUAAGUGGUGGAAGGAGGAAUGGUCACAUUCCCUACAGAGAUUCAAAACUGACAAGGAUAUUACAGCCCUCUCUCGGGGGAAAUGCUCGAACUGCAAUCAUCUGCACUAUGAGCCCUGCUUUAAGUCAUGUGGAGCAAUCUCGUAACACGCUUUCAUUUGCAACCAGUGCAAAAGAAGUCACAAAUAGUGCCCAAGUAAACAUGGUAGUUGCAGAGAAGCAAUUAGUGAAAAAGUUGCAAAAAGAAGUUGCUAGACUUGAAGCAGAGCUCCGAACUCCUGAUUCCUGUGCUUCUCCAUGUCUAAAAUCCUUACUGUUGGAAAAGGAAACGAAAAUCCAGCAGAUGGAGCAAGAGAUAAAUGAACUGAAACGUCAAAGGGACAAUGCUCAAUCCCAGCUUGAACAAGAAAGAAGUGCAAGAAAAGAGAUCAAGGGUUCAGAUGAUCAAGGGCCUUCUCAUCAAGUAGUUAGAUGUCUUUCUUUUUCAACUGAAAACGAAAAAGGUUUUAAUGGGCCUAUCUCAAGAACGCAGAGAAGUCACAAGUUAUUUGGGAGAAAUGCUGCAGUUAGGCACUCAGCCGGUUCUACAGAUCUCUCAAUGCUGGUGAAUGAAAUUAGAAAGCUUGAAAUGAGGCUGAGGCAGAUUGGUGAAGAAGCAACCCAUGCACUUGAGUUACUUCAUAAAGAGUUUGCAUCUCACCGAAUUGGGAGUCAAGGUGCCACAGAAACUAUUGCAAAAUUGCUAUCUGACAUAAAGGGCACACACAGAGUAAAUUCUGUUCCAGAGAAAAUUCAAAUAAAAGAUAAAGCUAGCCUCAAAGAGGAGAUUGCCCGGUUGAAAUCCCAAGAAAGCAGCUUUAAAGCUUUGGAGAUGAAGCUCGAGAGUGUCCAAAGAUCAAUAGACAAAUUAGUUAUGCAUCUUCCAAGUGGUGAUGAAACUCCUGAGUCAAGGACUCCAUCAAGAAAGAAAAAGGUCCUGAGCAAUACUGGCAACAUGCCAAAUCUAAUACGGUCUCCAUGUUCACCUAUGUCUUCUACACGUGAUGUAGUGUAUAAUGAAGUUGAGAACAAGGCCCCAGAGGACAGCGAUGAAUUUCAUGACCAGAGAAGUAAGGAAUCUAGCUACAUCUCGUCAGCGAAGGGUACCCCUGAUUCAAAACAAUCAAACUCUGUUAGUGUUAAGAAAAUGCAAAGGAUGUUUAAGAAAGCAACCGAGGACAACAUUAGGAACAUUAAAGCCUAUGUUACUGAGCUAAAGGAGCGGGUGGUUAAGCUCCAAUACCAAAAACAACUACUAGUUUGCCAGGUAUUAGAGUUGGAAGCAAAUGAUGCUGCAAUUGAGCAAACUGAGUUUGUCGACCAAUCUCCCGCAUCAUGGCACUUGAUAUUUGAGGAUCAAAGAAAGCAAAUCAUAAUGUUGUGGCACUUAUGUCACGUGCCAUUGGUGCACCGGACUCAGUUUUAUCUGUUGUUUAAAGGAGAUCCUUCAGAUCAGAUAUAUAUGGAAGUUGAGCUCAGAAGGCUGACAUGGUUGGAGCAGCAUCUGGCAGAGCUAGGAAAUGCUAGUCCAGCACUUUUAGGCGAUGAUCCUGCAAGCUAUGUGUCAUCAAGCAUUAAAGCCCUGAAGCAGGAGAGGGAAUACCUAGCAAGGAGGGUGAAUACAAAGCUUAGUGCAGAAGAGAGGGAAAUGCUUUACAUAAAGUGGGAUAUUCCAGUUGAUGGGAAACAAAAGAGGAGGCUGUUGUUUGUGAAUAAACUCUGGUCUGAUCCUCUUAGCAUGGAGAAUGUGCAGGAAAGUGCACAAAUCGUCGCGAAGCUUGUGGGAUUCUGGGAAACAGAAGAGCCUGUUUCCAAGGAGAUGUUUGAGCUCAACUUUGUUUCUCCUUGUGACAAGAAAACAUGGUUGGGUUGGAGCCUGAUAUCUAAUCUGUUACACUUGUAAAGAAGAACAACUACCAUGAUGACUCAACUAGUAUUGUGUGUAAUAUCUCUUACCAUGUUUAGUAUGAAUAUGGUAGCCCUGGUUUAGAGCAGUUGCUAAUAUGAAAUUAAUAAAAUAAUGUUGAUUUUCAAGAAUGA